GAUCCUGCUCCAGGUUCCUUCCUCAGGAAAAGCCAAGGUCAGGCAAAACCUUGCCAAGUCUCUGCCCCUCCCUCAGGCUGCAGACAGCAGCCCCAAACUCAUAGGGGGAGGGAGGAAGUCUGGAAGGAACUCUUAUUGCAACAGAGCCCCAGCCCUAUAAAAACCCUGGAACACAGACCUUUACACAGCUUGUCUGUGUGUGUGUGGAGGCCAGCCUGGAGUCUUUCGGCCUCACCUGCCAGACAACGUCUCUGCCUCCUCACUGUCUCCUGUAUUCUCCUGAAAUCCCGAUCUCCAUCUUGGCCAGCCCAGACAAUGCCUCCCAACCUCACCGGCUACUACCGCUUUGUCUCACAGAAGAACAUGGAGGACUAUCUGCAAGCCCUAAAUAUCAGCAUGCCUCUGCGGAAGAUAGCGCUGCUGCUCAAGCCAGACAAGGAGAUUGACCAUCAGGGCAACCACAUGAUAGUGAAGACCCUCAGCACCUUCCGCAACUACGUUCUGGAGUUCGAGGUGGGAGUCGAGUUUGAGGAGGACCUAAGCAUCAUGGAUGGACGAAAAUGCCAGACCAUAGUAACCUGGGAGGAGGAGCAGCUGGUAUGUGUGCAGAAAGGGGAGGUCCCCAACCGGGGCUGGAGACACUGGCUGGAGGGAGAGAACCUAUAUCUGGAACUGACUGCAAGGGACGCAGUUUGUGAGCAGGUCUUCAGGAAGGUCAAGUAGCCGGAGUGGAGCUGAGGGCCCCUCCAGACCGCACUGGUCCCCAGACUCCUUGCUUGUGCCUCUUCAAGCCCAGACUGUCCCAGGUCAGCAGUCCCUUUCUCAGGCCACUUACUCUCCCUCUGGGUCCCUCCUCACCCCUCCCCAUGUUAAUCUAUGACUUGCAGCCCCCAGGCCAAAGUCCUUCUUUCUCACACUCCACUGCCCAAUAGUGACCUCAUAUCCAAUUCUAGGUCUGAACUCCUGGAUGAAAGAAACAGGCAAAGGGGGAAGGGCCCUUGACAGUAUCUGAUCUCAACUCUCUUUAGUUCAUCUGGCCUCUUAUUUUCCAUCUAAGAAAGAACUAAGCUCUGAGCAUUUGGGAACUAGUGGAAACUCUAUCCUCGUGGGCCUUUUGGAAAACUGUAACCGGGAUUCAAGAAUUUAAACAGGAGCUACUGCUGGAGACUUUUUGUCCAUUUCCUUGUCCUUAUUCUCAAGAAAGCCCCAUGUGCUCAACAGAACCAGGCCCAAGGCAUGGCCCCAUCUACACAUCCGAAUACAUCCUGGCUAUCUUAUAAUCCCAUCCUACGUACUGAGGAAGAGGGACGCGACAGGGCGAGACCUUUGCCCCGGACUGAGAGAAGCUGGGAGCCUUCUAAAGAGUCACCAGGCCUCCAUGUCUGCUUUAGGAAGGACAGGCAUGAGGAAGGCCAGAAAAGACUGAAAAGGAAGCAGAUGCAGGAUACAAGGCCAAGGGCUAGAAAGGUGAGGGACAUGGGAGUGUGAAAGCAACAGUAAGAAGACCAGCAGGGCCUGGCUAUAGGGACCCUCUGCUUAACGGCCAGCAAGGCUGGGGACAGAGGAUAAGGGGGAGAACUGAGCACCACAAGGGCCCUCCCUGAGGGUCCAAGAAUCACCAUCCAGGAAAACAGCCCAGAGGGUGGAGCCAGUUCAGGGUCAGGGCCAGUGCCAGCCUCCUGCCAGCCUCCUACCUCUGGGGCCUUGGUUCUUUCAGAAUAAAAGUCCUGUGGGGCAAGAGUCAGAGAGAGAGGGCUCAGUGUGGGGUGGGGACAGAGCCUGGCUGGAUGUGUGUGGGGGAGUGUUGGAAAGUCCCUGGCCUGUGCUCGUUAGAUGACACCCCUCUUCCUACAAUGGCUAGGCCCCCUACACAUUCAAACAGUCCCUGGGGCUCUGGCCAAGAAGAGCUAGGCUUGCAACACAGAUCCUACCACACACACUGGAAAAGAAAAAGAAAAGAAUUCAGAGUGGAACUGAAUAGCUUAUUUCCUGCCCAGCCUCUCUGCAGAUGUCCCCAGCAGAGUGGGGAGUGGAGAGGCCUCCUCUGAGCAGAGCCACCCAGCAGAAGCUCCAAGGGCUGCUGGAGCAGCCUUGUUCUUUCCAGGGUACAGUGAAGCUGAAGGAUCAUGCUCCAUAUAUACUCACCCAUUGCCUAAGUCAUCAGAUCAACGCAGUGUCCUGGCCACCCUGAGUGCACAGCGCACGUCCAAGCCUCUCUCCACAGAACUGUCCUCUGGGCUCUUCAUGUUGGCCCAGUGCCCCUCGCUGGAGUCUGAUCAGAGGGCCUGACCCAGGAGGUUGGAGGCCUCCUUGUUGACUGUCAGGCCCAAGCUAAAGCAGCUUCAAUCCCCCCAAACUCCUGUGAUAUGAGCCUCCACACCAUCCACACUGCAGGUCCACAUCCUCCACUUACCCCUCCAGGAGCCAGAAUCCAACAAGAGGCCUGGAGACCCCCGAAAAGAGCACAAGCAACCAGAGGAGGACCCAGCAGCUUCAGAGGCAUCUCCAAGGGGUGGCUGCCAGGACCUACUGAGACCGUGGGAAGCUGGGGCUGCUGUUUCCCCUGUGGGCAGCAGGGGGCGCUGCUCACUGCAGUGGGAGCCAGAGAUCCGCUAAAUUUAAUCCUCCCUCUGACAGCUUCUUGUAUAUUCCAUUCCCCACAACAUAUGCACACGCAAGCACACACACACACACACACACACACACACAUACCAGUUCCCAGCUCGCAUAUUCACCCUGACAAGACCUCUACAACUCGUUCAAAUCAGGCUGCUCCAUCCAUCCUCAGAUGGAAUAGAUGGUCACCAGGGCCACCAACCUGUAAGUGAAGAAAAGGCAGGGGAGAGGACAACAGCCAAGUGUGGGUGGUCUCAUCCUUGGGGCACACAAAGUUUUGAGUCCCAGGACCAACUUUUACUUUGUUGCCCAGUGUCUUAGGCCCCAGGGAGAUGAUCAGGAAUCCAAAAUGUUUAUUUCCAUGUGAGAUGGAAUAACUGCCCCCUUGUAAGCCAGCCCCAUGCUAGGCCCCUGCUCCACUCCCACUCCGCCAGGCCCAGAUGGCACCAUCUCAUCACAAACAACCUUCUAGCCUGAAUGCCAAAUGAUUCUUUAGCCUUGAUCCUGUAGGUCAGUCCAGAUCCCUCUGCUCAGGAGAAACUGACUGAUGUAGCUGACGUAGGUUUGCAUGGAGGGCAGAAAGAAGCAAAGACGGUAAGCAAACCCUCUGAGGCUUGCAGUGCAAGCAGUGGCCCUGCUUGACCAGGGGCCAGAACCAGCACCCACGAGGCCCUCCUCCUCCUCCCCUAGAUCUCAGCCAGAAGGAUGGCUCUGGGCCAGCUCUGUGGCCCUGUGGGCACCUGUGCUCCACAGUGAAUACCCACCCUCACCAGAGGCCAUUUAGGUUCCAGCGGCGUGAGAUGGAGCUGACCUCCCACGUUCACCCUUCCAGCAAGAAAAGGGGACCUCUGUCUUCUCAAGGACUUCCUGGCCCACCAUCUAUCUGGGGGUGAGCCUCCUGCCUCCCCGCAUCCACCUAGUCCCAAGUCUCACUCCCCUCUGCCCUCACUUUUGUUCCGGCCACUAAGGAGAGGGGCAGCCCUAGGAGCCUCUGUUCUGUUCCCCGUGGGCAGUGCCCAACCAGAGGGUCGCCAGCAUAACCAGGCCAUUGAGUUAAUGGAUAAAUCACUUGCCUCAGAGACACCAGAUGAACCUAAAGUGGCACCCAAAUUGGGAGAAACUAUUCCACAGUGUCAGGUGAACGGGCUCUGCUGUCAAACUGCCACCUCUUACUAGCUGUGUGAGCAUAUACAAGCCACCAACCUUCAGUAAAUAAGCCACAUUUGCCGGUCGUACAAGGCAAUGCAAGAGUACUUCCUUCCUCCUAGGAAUUUUGUGAAGAUUCUGUGUAAGAUCACUCAGCAUAGUACCUGGAAAAGAGUAAGCACUGGGCAAUGUUAGCUAUUUUUACCUUUAGUAUCCCCUACCUCUUCGCUUGAUGAUUGACAUUCUCUCAACCAGAAGCAAAGCCUUGCAUCUACAGUUAAGGAGAAGGCAUCACUGCCCACAGCCCUGAGGUCGCAAGGUGGCUUCUAUUUAUACCAAAGUGUGAGACACUGAUACCAGAGAUUUAGGGACAGUAUAGCCCUCACUUUGGGGGUCCAGGCAGGUAACCCAUCUGGGGAUGAUGGGGUGGGGGGCAUUGUUGCCUCCCCUGGGCCUCCCUCACUGCAUCCUAUAGUCCCCUCACCCCCAUGAGAAGGAGUGCACCAUCCCAGCCAGCGCCGCCCUCGGAGCCUGUGCCAGCAUCUGGGCGGCUGCUGCUUCUGCUCCUGCCAGCUGGGCUAUGAGCUGUGGAGUGACAGGCACCCUUGCCUUCCCACCAGCAGAGAGAAGGCUUCAGGGCAGGGGAGAGAGAGCCAAUGGUGGCAGCUGCCCAGCCCCAGCGCCACUGCAGCGGCAGCUGUACACAGAGCCAUGGGCUCCACCCCCACCCCCAAGUCCCUCUUGGGCUCCUUCCCCAGAUUACACACUGAAGCUGCACCAUUCAAGGGGCUGGACCCCCAGGGCAGGGGCUCUGUCCAGGCCCUGGACUCCUCCAGUCACCAGUUGCAGGUGCAGCCACUGUCCCUUGACCCUCCUGUCUCCUUAUCUUCUUCCCAAUGGGUACCCAAACCAGCCAGCACCCUCACCCCUGCCUGGAGGGUUUUUUCUCAUACUUUCCUCUUGUCUGAGAGGCCUCCACCACCGCCCCCCCCCCCCCCCCCCCCGCCCCUGAUCCCUUCAGCAUAUCCCCUGUCAUCAUUGACCUAGGCCGGGGGACAAGGCAGAGCUGAAGCACUGAUGAGAAGUCACUGCCGCUACCUCACUGUGUGAUCUUGGGCAAAUUACUUCACUUCUCUGUGCCUUUGUUUCCUGACAGGACCAGUCUGUUCAGCUUGAUGGUCUUUCACUGAUCUACUCUCUUGCCUUCCACAUCGGCCCCUCCCCUGGGAUUGCUCUCUCCUUCCCAGUGUUUUCAGAAAAGCCUUGCUCCCUGUCCUUGAUCCAGCUGUGAGGAAACCAUUAUCAUCUUUAAUGUAACCAAAACCUAUCCUGCGAGGUCCCCAGUGGAAGGAGAAGCCCAACGCAAAAGGGCAGCUGGAUGGAAAAGCACCCUCUUCUGGAGGGGGCUCCCCUAACCACCGCUGCCACUCACCACUCCGUUCUGCUUCCCCCUCACUCCUUUCUUUCUGAGUAGCACAGAUGAGACAAGGGUGCAUCGUUUGAAUAGGGGUUUAUUAAAGUCUUGGAGGAAACAAAGGGAACUGGAACAGAGAGUAAUACCCAAGUCCCUUAUCUGAGGUGCAAACGCAGCCUCACCCCAUAAACUCCUUAUUGUCAAAGGAAGGGCUGGCGCAGGUUGCAGCAGAGCUGCUGUACAUGCACGGUAUGUUCAAAGAGUUCUUUACUAAAGGACUUUAUUUCAGCCUUGAAAGUCCACAUAAAGGCCUGGGGUGUGGGAGAUUUGGAACUGGAAUCUCCAGCCUCUGAACUUGCCCUUUGGACAAUCUGCUGUGGUGUGUGGGGCCAUAGUCCUAGAUUCUUGGGACUCACACUAUGGUUAUCCUCCCCUAGGUUGGAAAGGACAUUCUAUCUGGGGUUUCUCCUUCCUGCCCAACCCCUCUCCUUUUCAACAAUUUCUUGGUCUUUUUUAACCAUUUGUUAUCCUCCUAAAGCCCCACAUCCUCUGUGUUUGGUCUCCUGUGGGUCAUAUCUUGAUCUAUCCAGUCCCAAUACUUAAUGGGGGUGAAUGAAGGGGGCCUUCAGAUCUUAAGGUGGAGGAGGAGAGGGCAAGAGCCCCCAAAGGCACUCUAGCUUCAGGUUAGUGUGUCUGAAAUACAACCAUACCUAGCAAAAAUGACAUCCUGCUAACUGAUCUUCUGCAUUUAUUGUUCUAAAAUAUGUCUACUUUUGUGAUAGCCAGCCUCCAAGAUGGCCCCCAGUGAUCCCUGCUUCCUGGCAUUCCCAUCCUUGUGCCGUCUCCUCCCACAUUGUAUCAGGACUGGUCUACGUGGCCGA